AUGAGCUCCGACAGGUUCCUGGAGGAGAACAGUGAGGGACACUCAAAGGGAACGAGCUGGAAGGCCAUGGUGAGAGAUGCUUUCAAAGACAUUUCCAUAUACUUCUCUAAGAAAGAAUGGACAGAGAUGAGAGACUGGGAGAAAAUCCAAUACAGGAAUGUGAAAAGGAACUAUGAAGCACUGGUCGCUAUAGGGAACAAGACAUGUCUCAGAUUUCCUAGACCAGCUUUCAUGCAUCAUCACAGGCAGGCCAUCAAGUCCCAGGUGGAUGACACUGAGGAUUCUGAUGAAGAAUUUACGCCCAGUCAGCAAGGCAAACCUUCUUGGGUGGGCUUCAGAGUGAAAUGGAGUAAACAGCAGAAGGGAACAUCCAAGAUGCCACUAAGAAAUGAAUCUAGUUUGAAGAAAUUGUCAGAAACAGCAAAUAUAAGUGGCUCAGAGCAGGUCCAGAAGCCAGUUUCCCCUCCUGGAAAAGCAAGUACCUCUGGACAUCACUCUAGACAAAAAAUGGAACUUGGGGGAAAGGAGACUGAAGUAAAGACGUAUAACCUAUGAGAAAGAAGGGGCUGUGCAUACCAAGAAGUCAGUGAGCCCCAGGAUGACAACUACCUCUAUUGUAAGAAGUGUCAGAACUUCUUCAUUGACAGUUGUGCUGCUCAUGGGCCUGCUGUGUUUAUAAAGGACACUGCAGUGGACAAGGGAUAUCCCAACCACUCAGCCCUCACUAUGCUGCCUGGGCUGAAAAUCAGACCUUCGAGCAUCCCUGAGGCUGGGCUUGGAGUAUGGAGUGAAACAUCUGAUCUGCAGCUGGGUCUGUACUUUGGCCCCUAUGAGGGCAAUAAUAGAGAUGAAGAGGCAGCCAACAACAGGUAUUCCUGGCAGAUCAUCACAGGGAGAAACUCCUAUGAGUACGUGGAUGGAAAGGAUAAAUCUUGGGCCACCUGCAUGAGGUAUGUAAGCUGCGCCAGGGACGAUGAUGAGCAGGACCUGGUGGCCUUUCAGUAUCACAUUCAGAUCUUCUACAGAACCUGCCAGGUCAUCAGGCCAGGCUGUGAACUGCUGGUCUGGUAUGGAGAUGAGUAUAGCCAGAGCCUGGGCAUCAAGUGGGGAAGCAAGUGGAAGGGAGAGAUUUCUGAGGAAGAUGCAGUGAAUAAAAAUGGAAUGGAGAUGUGUGAGAAAUACUAUCACUGGUUCGAACUCAGUAAUCCGACACAGAGACAAAAAAAACAAUGGAGUGAGGCUUUAAUGGCAGCCUUGCAAGAUCAGGUGUCUGCAGAACCAAAGCCAGAGAUCCAUCCAUGUGCCUCCUGCUCUCUGGCCUUCUCCAGUCAGAAAUUCCUCAGUCAGCAUGUGGAGCGCAAUCACCCUUUUCAGAUCCUCCCACAAACACAUCCAGGAAAACAUCUCCAACCAGAGGAUCCCUGUCCAGGCCAACACAGCCGGAGUGACAAAGGUGAAGAUCAAGAGGUCAAAGAAAGGUCCAAAAUUUUGCUUAAAAGUUUAAGGCAGAAGAGGAUUUUGGGGACCUAUUCCAAACCACCCAAAUGACAAAUGGGGGGCUCCAGGACACAUAAAAGAAUGAUGGAGGCCAGCACAGGCCAGAAAGUGAAUCCAGAAGACACAGACAAAUUAUUUGUGGGGGUAGGUAUGUCAACUGUAAGAGUCAAGUACAGAAGGUGUGGUCAAGUCUGCACUGCUAGGUCAAAUCUCAUCCCACACCAGAGGACACACACGGGGGAGAAGCCCUAUGUUUGCAGGGAGUGUGGACAGGGCUUUGCAUUCAAGUUGAUUCUCAUCCAACACGAGAGGACACACACCAGGGAGAAGCCCUAUGUUUGCAGGGAGUGUGGACAGGGCUUUGCAUUCAAGUUGACUCUCAUCCAACACAAGAGGACACACACCAGGGAAAAGCCCUAUGUUUGCAGGCAGUGUGGGUGGGGCUUCAUGCAGAGGGUGCACCUCACCCGACACCAGAGGACACACAUGGGGGAGAAGCCCUGUGUUUCAGUUAUGCUCCCCAAACCCGAUCAUCCUGGACCCAAGGCUAUUGGGCACCCCACCCCACCCUGCCAGCCAGAAGGAGCGGGGCGGAGCCUCCAGCGUAGCUGCUGGUCCCGAACGGGCUGGGGGAGGGGAGCGCGCGGCCGACAGUUUGAGGGAGAAAGCAAAAGACGGGCGCGAGGCUGCUUUUCGGGGCUCUCCUUUCUUGCAGUUCCUCCCGCUUUGCUGACGUGGGAGUCGCGACCUCCAGCACAGGUGAGUCCCGCCCCGUGGAUCGGGAAACGGAUGUCUUGGGUGGGUGCGAUUUAUCCAAGCGCUUGUUUUCGGGGCUGGUGCAUUCGAAGACGGCGGCUCCCACCCCGGUUGCUCGGCCCUAGGGCGGUGGUAUGCACCUUAAACCGGGAAGAGGAGACGGCCACCUGUGUCCUACUGCAGGGCUGUCGUCACAGUUUUUGCCAUUUGCGCGACAGCGUCCACUCAGGGAUCAGCGCAGGGCCAGAUGGGCCUAGCGCUGAGAAAGAGCUGCAGCAAGCUCGCGUUGGGACUGACACCCAAUGUCGUCGACCCCCGUUGACUGUCCUGCGGGUCGGGACAACUGGCGCCCAAUGUGGGGCUCGAACCCACGACCCUGAGAUUAAGAGUCUCAUGCUCUACCGACUGAGCUAG